AUGUCUCACGGUGUUUAUCUUGGUGAUACUCCAGUAAGAAGACCUGGUGUUUCUACCAAUCCAUUAAUGCGGAAAAUUCAAAGGGCGUGCAAGAUGACUCUUCCUGAACCUGAUAUCGCUUUAAAUCUGGAUGUUGCUGACUUUAUAAAUGAAAAGCAAGGUGCAGCAGCUCAUGAUGCUACAACUACGAUUGUGAAAUUGAUCAAUAGUCGAGACACUCACACUGCGGUUUUUGCGUUGUCUUUACUAGAUGUCCUAGUGAAAAAUUGUGGAUAUCCAAUACAUUUACAAAUAUCUAGGAAAGAUUUCUUGAACGAAUUGGUUAAACGAUUCCCAGAACAUCCUCCAAUGCGUUACUCAAAGGUCCAAAGAUUGAUUCUAACUGCCAUUGAAGAAUGGUACCAGACCAUUUCCAAACAUUCUCCAUAUAAGGAUGAUAUGACAUAUAUCAGAGAUAUGAGAAGAUUGUUGAAAUAUAAAGGGUAUGUACUACCAAAGAUCCAAGCGGAGGAUCUGGCUGUUAUGAGACCUACCGAUCAAUUAAAGUCAGUUAGUGAAAUUCAAAAGGAACAAGAAAUUGCUCAGGCUGCUAAAUUGGAAGAAUUAAUUAGAAGUGGUAAACCAGAUGAUUUGAGAGAAGCAAACAAACUUAUGAAAGUAAUGGCAGGUUUUAAGGAGGAUAACAUGGUCAAUGCUAAACAAUCCAUCAACACUGAAUUAAACAAACUAAAACGUAAAGCCGAUUUGUUGAACGAAAUGUUGAAUACUUCAUCUGAAGCAGAUUUACAAAAUAAUGAAACCAUUGAUGAAUUGUACAGUGCUCUAAAGGCUUCGCAACCAAAAUUCCAAAAAAUCAUUGAAGAAGAACAUGAAGAUGAUGACUUAGUCCAAAGUCUUUUGAAAUUCAACGAUGCCAUAAAUCAAUUGAUUGAAAAAUACUCCUUAUUGAAGAUCGGUAACAAAGAGGCUGCGGAAAGAAUUAAUCUAACAAACUUAAAUGACAUUUCUACUGCAUCCCAAACAGGGGGAGCUUUAGCAAAUGAAAUUAACUUAAUCGAUUUUGAUGAUGAUGCGGGCACCACCACCCCAGGCCAAGUUCCAAACUCUACUGAUUCCAACAGUAAUAAUAAUAAUAAUAACAAUUCAGAUCCCCUAAUUGAUUUAUUAGGUGACCUAAACUUAUCAUCAACUCCAAAUACAUCCUCUACUACUACAUACAAUAACCAAGCAGCAGCCGUAGAAAUGGGUGGUGGUAUAUCAUUAGGUACCACUGCUCCACCAUCUGCCAACACUAAUGUCCCGAUAUCUUCCUCUUCUGGUGAUCCAUUUGAUCUACUAAGUGACUUCUCUUCUCCUAAUGCAUCCACACCAGCAGCUAGUUUGUCGGUUCCGACUGCAGUUGCUACUUCUCCAACGUUGCCUAGCGCUCCUGUAUCUGGAAAUGGUUCAACCAGGAUCAACGUAAGUAAAUCAGCUAAUAUUAAAAUUGAUCUAGUAGUUUCAAGAGAAAGCAACUCUACCAUAAAGAUUAAGACAAUUUUUAGUAACCCUUCCGCAAACUUGGUCAAAGACUUGGUAUAUUCUAUGGCAGUUCCAAAAUCUUUUACCUUGAAAUUAGAACCGCAGUCGUCGAGUGCUCUUGGAUCAUUUGUUGAAGAAGGUGUAUAUCAAAACGCAUUGGUCGAAAACGCUGUUAAGGAAAAUCUUGAGAAGAAGCCAUUAAAAAUUAAAUGGAAGGCUACUUACAAUAUCAACUCAAGCCCUGUGGAAGAAACUGCGAUUUUCCAAUUGCCUAUUGUGUAA